UCGCAGCAUCUUCGGGUUCGGGUCCUCGUCGGCACCGAGAGACCCGCUUCCGGUCCGCUGCGUUCCGAACUCAGCCGUGCGUGAGUGAACGUGACGAUGAAGACGGAGAUGAAGAUGAAGAUGCGACGAGACUAAGAGCAGACAAAGACGCACACACGCGAGCACGCGCACGGAGCACACGCCAUUGUCUCGGAUCACGCACGCGCACGACGAUGCUCGCGUCUCGGCUCGUACUCGUGGCCCAGCUGCUCGGUUCGGUCCGGGUGAUCCCCGCUUUCCAGGUGAGUCUGAGUGAUGCCGGCCAGAUCGUGGCGACCCUGGAGACUUCCGACCUUCGGGAGAACAUCUCCGCGUACGCGGCGCAGAUCUCCGGGGAGCCGCGGCCCGUCGUGAUCCGGUUCGGGGGGGCUGGCGAGCCCCUGCUGUUCAACGCGACCUUCCACGGCCUGUGCUACAGCGUGGGCCUGCUGCUUCAACGAGGAACGCUGUGGUCCAGACCCGUCAAGACCGUGUCCAUCCUCACCAGGCCGCUUCCUGUGAGCAGAGUGCAGAUUUCCGACUACAAAGACUCUCCAGAGACCGGCGUGGUGUUUGACAUUGACACACCGACCGGAAACAUUUUCAGCAGAGUCAACAUCAGCUACAGCGAAGGAAGCGAGAGGCGCUCCGUGCUCUACAAAGAUUUCUACAAGGGGAAGACAGUGUUCAAGCACUGGCUACCGGGGAUGUGCUACCGCAACAUCACCUUCCAGCCAAUCUCGGAGGCCAGCGCCUACCAGAUGGCCAUGAGGAGGCAGAGUGACAUCACCCACAUGCCUGUGCAUCACAGGAUGGUGCCGUAUCCCCCCCUUAACAUCUCGUGGAAGAUCGUGGAUUUGAGCCAAAGCCCGACACAGGAAAGCCAACGAGCCCACCGACAUUCCCGCGAUGUCCCACUGAUGGAAGAGGAGGCGGCGAAGCCCUCUGAGGAGCCACCGGCGGCCUCCAAUGAGGAACCGUCGCACAACCUGAGCUCCACCACCGAGACCACGGACGCCCAGAACCACCGGUUGGACUCCACCAACGAGACCUCCGCUGACAGGGAGGAUGAGUUUGUCAACGGCGAGUUGCACGAGUAUGAGGACUCCAACGACGCGGGGUCGGCGAUGGGUCUCCCCGCAGAGUCUUCGGUGCUGCCAACUAAGAUGCCGCCCGUCCUGCUCGAGGUGCGCUGGCUGCCCCCCAGAGCGCCCACCAGCUACGACGGCUUCAACGUCUACGUUCGCAGAGAUGGUAACGCCACGCAAACAGCCAGCGUAGAUGAAAGCACUCACGAGUUCUUCACCGAGCUGACCGAGGCGGGAACGUACGGCGUAAGAGUCACCGCGCUCAGCACGGCGGGAGACUGCGAGGCCAGAGAGAGCGCCGCAGACGCCGGGUUCACCUUCUACCUCAGUCCUGACGGUGAGCUUCUGGGUGAGCUGCGGCAGCGUCCGCGGGCCGUCACGGUGCGAUUGCUGGACUCCAGCACGGCCGCCGUCUCCUGGGCGCCGUCCUCGGAGCCCCACGACGGCAGCGUGGUGUCGGUGGUGUCCACCACCUGCCUGAAGCCCAGCCUGAGCCAGAGGAUGGAGAGCAACUACUGUGGCGAGGAAAACUCAACCAGCGACAUCAUCGGUAACCUGACCCCAGGGGCUCAGUACCGGGUGGUGAUCUAUCACACUAAUGGACCCCUGAUCAGUCCUCCCUCAGAACCGGUCAUCAUGGAUAUUGAGCCCACGGGCGUCCGAGAGCUAGCCGUGUACCCGCUGAGCCCCACGGCGGUCAUCUUGAGCUGGCAGCGUCCGUACCACGUGGCCUUCCGCAAGUACGUUCUCCAGACCUUCUUCUUCAACCCGGUCACCUUGGGCUCCGAGUGGACCACCUACUACGAGAUCGCUGCCACCGCCUCUGUCAUCGCAUCAGUGAGGGUAACCGAUCUGCUGCCGGCUUGGUACUAUAACUUCCGCGUUACCAUGGUGACAUGGGGUGACCCGCCGCUCAGUUGCUGCGAUAGCUCCACCGUCAGCUUUGUGACAGCCUUCCUGUGCAUCGCUAGCAUGUUUGCCGGAGUCCCUGGAGAAAACCUGUGCUAUGGCUUUUUCCAAAAACCCUGCUCGUCAUCUUAUUGGAAGACUCUAAAAUUGUCCAUAGCUCCGGAGGCGCCUCACAUCUCCUCAGUGGAUUACUCCCACGGCGUCCUCUACGUUCGCUGGACGUACGGCGAACUCUUCGUGGACCUGUCGCACUCCAGGAUCACGCACUGGCAGGUGGUGGCGGUCGGCAAGAAAGGUGCCGAGAGGAGCUACUCUGUGGAUGUAACUCGAAACGUGAUGCGGGCCAGCCUGCCUCUGCCGCCCGGCGACAUCUACAACCUGACGGUGACGGCGUGCACUGAGCGCAACCGGAACACGUCCCUUCCCAGCAUCAUCAAACUGGAACCGGCUCCUCCCAGGUCCGUGUACGCCGUCAAUGCCACGCACUCGUCGGUGACUCUGCUAUGGAGCGAGGACGGCGUAGUGGACCACUACCAGGUGCUCUGCAAACCAAGCUCGGGCGGGAAAGAGGGGAAGGCCCGAGAGCCUCAGCUGUCCAGCUCGCACGUGCUCACCGUUUCCGGCCUGGUGCCCUCGUCCAGCUACAACUGCAGCGUGGUCAGCUUCAGCUACAGCACGCCCAGCAAGCCCGCCCACGUCACCGUCACCACUGCUGCCAAAGAGAUGAACCCCAGCGUGGCCGCCAUCUCGGCCUUGGCCGUCCUGAGCGUCCUGCUGCUGGGCCUGCUGCUUCUCUUCCUGCUGCUUCUCCGCAAGAAGCACCUGCAGAUGAGCAGGGAGUGCGGCGCCGAGACCUUUGUCAAUUUUGCCUCGUUCGAAAGAGACGGGAAGCUGCCUUACAAUUGGCGAAGAAGCCUCUUUGCCUUCCUUACCCUACUGCCAUCCUGCCUUUGGACUGACUAUCUUUUGGCUUUUUAUAUUAAUCCCUGGGGCAAGACCGCCUUAAAGAAGCGCAAGCUGACAAGCCCCGUGCAGCUGGACGACUUUGACGCCUACUUCAAGGAGAUGAGCAAAGACUCGGCCUACAAGUUCUCUCUGCAGUUUGAGGAGCUGAAGAGCGUGGGACUGGACCUUUCCCACGAUGCGGCCGACAUGCCAAUCAACAGGCCCAAGAACCGAUACACCAACAUCCUGCCCUACGACUUCAGCCGCGUGCGGCUGAUCUCCAUGCACGACGACGAAGGCGCCGACUACAUCAACGCCAACUACAUUCCUGGCUACAAACAUCCCAAAGAGUACAUCGCCACUCAAGGUCCGCUGCCGGAGACCCGCAACGACUUCUGGAAGAUGGUCCUCCAGCAGAAGUCUCCCAUCGUGGUCAUGCUGACGCAGUGCAACGAGCGGCGGAGGGUCAAGUGCGAUCACUACUGGCCGUUCAGCGACGAUCCCGUCAUGUACGGCGAAAUCAGCGUGGAGAUGCUCUCGGAAAACGAGUCGCCCGAGUGGACCAUCAGGAAGUUCAGGCUAGGAUACGCGGACGAGACCCGGGACAUCCUCCACCUGAACUACACGUCGUGGCCAGACCACGGCGUUCCCACGGUAAACGCCAUCGAGAGCAUCCUGCAGUUCGUCCACAUCGUGCGGCAGCAAGCCAACAGGACCAAGGACCCCAUCGUUGUCCACUGCAGCGCGGGCGUAGGCCGAACAGGCACCUUCAUGGCUCUGGACCGUCUGAUGCAGCACAUCCGGGAGCACGGGUUCGCCGACAUCUUGGGAAUGGUGUCGGAGAUGCGCUCGCACCGCCUGUCCAUGGUCCAGACGGAGGAGCAGUACAUCUUCAUCCACCAGUGCGUCCUGCUCAUGUGGCAGAAGAAGAAGCAGCAGCAGUCGCUCGCCUCAGACGUCAUCUACGAGAACGCCGGCAAGACAUAAUGACCCACCGCGUGCUUCCGCACGUGACUGAGCUUUGAACGUGCCUGCCAUGCUUCAUCGUCAUCUUCAAACACAAAGAGAGCUUCACGGAGGAUGGAGUUCUGCUAUAAGGAGCCGUCGUCACAAGCGUGCUGAUUGGUGGAUUACACGGCAGGGGCGGCGUCCUUGGGGGCGGACAUGCCAACGGAGGACAUUUUGUUUUGUUGUUUUGUUCCAUUCCGGAGAAGCUUCACCAAGAACCCAGACAAAAGAGGAGGCAUGCCAACUCAAAGUAGCCAGCAAGCAGUGCGAAAGAAACAAGAUGUGCGACUUCUCGCUGCUUCAUGGUCAAAGGGAACUGAAGGAAGACAUGUUGAAAAAGAAUCUGCUUCACCUUUGUGAGCCUCCAACACAACCAGACUUCUUUUUCCAGGUCUCUUUCUUUUCCUGUAUUUCGGUUUUUGGAUCACCCUUCUCCAAUUUGAAGGCUCAUUCCCUUUGAAGUUUUGGCAAAGGUUUUCCGGACUGAUGCCUGUUUGUGACACCAAGCCUCCCAAUUUGUCCGGACUUGGAACAAAUUCAGAGUUUGAGCACAGAGGUUAGGGUCUCCAACACAACCUGACUGCUUAUUUUAUUUCCACACUCAAGUAUCUUUGAAAAUAUCCAAUCAAAUUUGUUUUGCUCAUUUUCCUAUCUUUUUUUUCCUCAACAAAUGAAGACCAAGAGGACUUUUGAAAGACCGCGGCCCGCCUUAGUCGACAGAAUUCAGGAUGUACGAGCCCAUCGGAAUAAGAACUUCAGCUAGAAAAACAGUAUUGAUGAGCAAGCAUCUGUCAAUGUGCAUUAAUGACGUCGUUCCAUUGCGCUUAUUUUAAUAUGUAAAGACGUACAGGAGUCUUUACGAGAACGUUUGAAGUCAUUGUGCACUCAGUCGGGGUCGCUUGAGGUUCUGCCGCCAUGAGUUGUAUAUUGUGUAACUACUGUUUUUACUUGUCAUGACUGUAAGAGACACUUUUUUUUUUAUAAAUGUGUUUAUGUGGACCAGGGGUGGGCAAAGUAUGGGCUGCAGGCCAUGUAGGGUGCACAACCUUUUUCAAUCUCACCCACUGAACAGGUAGAUUAGCAAGCGUCCUGGAAUAUUUGUUGCGUUGCGAUUUAGCCAUUCUUUUUGCUUAUUCGUCUUUUUAAAUGGGUUAAUUCUCAAUAAAAAUAUUAGUAAAAGUACGAAAAUAUACACAUUUAACGAUAUGAUUGGAUGAUGAAUUAAUUCUAAUGAAAUAUAAAUUAAACUGGGGAACAGAAAAAAAAUUAUGUUGUUGUUAGAUUUUGAUGAUGAUUAAAACUAAAAUUGGCACGCUGAUUCCAAAAUAGCAGUCCGUUUUUUCCCCCGAGCACGUCAAGUUUUUUCUCCACAGUUUACCCUCCAGAUAAGCAAAAUUCCACUGACGAGCUGUCGUCAGACUUGCCAGCUGAUUACGAUUGGCCUCAUCUGGAGCUGCGUGGCAACUUGUUGUUUGUGCAGUCACAAUUGAGACAAUUGAGUGCAGCUCCCAAUCGGUCGGUACGAUCAGUAUCAGCAAACAGAAAGCUAGCACAGUAGGAAUUAAGAGGAUUUGUGCUGGCUUUUCUCUUAACCGUGUAACCAUGGGCCUCCCGUCAUAAAUUCUACCUCGCUUUAUGCUGGGGUUUUUUAGUUUUCAAAGCUUGGAACUAUCCCAUCUUAGUGUUUUAUUUACAUAGGUAUACAUUUCCUUUCUUCAAAAACUUGACAUGAUGGAGAAAAACUGAGAUCAGUUUUGGAUUCUGCACCCAAAAAUUAGUUAAAAACAGUUGUCAGACCUAACUCAACAAAAAUUGUGUUCCCAAAUGAUCAAUAACACAAAGUAGUUUACUAAAAUCCACUUUAAAUUAUUUGUAACAUAAAAUGUGCUGCAUAGGUACAUUAAACAAUUCUACAUACACUUAAAAAACAUUUCUCACAUCAAAUCAUUGGUUAACCAACUAUAAAUCAAAAUGAGUGAAUUCUUUUAUUUAUAUAAAAUGUUAAGGGCGGCACGGUGGAAGACUGGUUAGCACAUCUGCCUCACAUUUCUGAGGUUGCGGGUUUAAAUCCGGUCUCACCUGUGUGGAGUUUGCAUGUUCUCCCCGUGCCUGCGUGGCUUUUCUCCGGGUACUCCGGUUUCCUCACACAUCCCAAAAACAUGCAGGCUAGGUUCAUUGAAGACUCUAAAUUGCCCGUAGGUGUGAAUGUGAGUGCGAAUGGUUGUUUGCUUCAAUGUGCCCUGCGAUUGGCUGACGAGCAGUUCUGGGUGUACCCCGCCCCUCGCCCGCAAUUAACGGGGGUAGGCUCCAGCAUACCCGCGACCCCCGCGAGGAUAAGCAGUGUAGUAAAUGGAUGGAUAUAACAUUUUACAUUGUUUUUUUUUCCCCAUAACCUACAUAUUAUAUGCAAGAUAUUUGUUUUUUUAUUAUGGUUAUAUAUCAUAAUAUAUUUUAUUCUACAUCAAAUGUUGAAUGUGUGUGUGUAUAUAUAUAUAUAUAUAUAUAUAUACACAAAAGUUACAUUUAACAUUUGACCAAAUUUUAAAAUGUUACAUGCAUGUUUUGAGUUUAUUACCAUUUUCUGUUAAUCAUAAUAAAUUAGAAAUACAAUUUUAAAAUAAGAAUAACUAUGAUUUGAUGACGAAAAAACAUUUUACUUUUCAGUUUUAAUUUGACCAGUUUGAAAAAUCAAACACGGCCCUUGAGCCAAUAUGUUUGCCCACCCCUGACGUAGACGUUUAUUUUGUGAGCCGCGUCGCUCAAAACGCACUUUGCUACGACUGAAGCUCAGCACGCUCCACUAGUGUUGUCAUUGGUGCCAUUCUUGUGAUUGCGUCACUUUCAAGGACCAUUCAAACUGUGUGUGUGUGUGUGUGUGUGUGUGUGUACACGAGGGAGUGAAAAUAAAAUCAAAUGUUCUUCAUCUGA